AUGCCCCAUGAAAAGCCUCCAUACGAGUCUGUUUGUGAAGCUUUUCAACUUCUUGUGCUAAGCAAAGUCUCCGUGGUGAUCACAAUUAACAGACUUCGAUUAGCUCUUUUACACAGAUGGGGACUGACAUUACUGAAACUGUGGAGAGCUUCCCAUCGCCGAUUAACAUCAAGGUGCAUAGCUUUAUGUUCACUUGUUCACUUAAAUAUUGCAAUUGAUAAAGCCAAAUCGUUGAUUCACGAUUGCAGUGAAUCCAGUAAGCUUUACUUGGCACUCACAGGAAAUACGGUUCUUUCAAGAUGUAAAAAAACAAAAAUCUUAUUGGAACAGAGUUUGAGCCAGAUACAAAACAUGGUUCCUGUGAUGCUUGCAUCAAAGAUCUCACUGAUAAUUACAGACCUUAGGAGGAUGAAAAUUAGUUUAGAUCCAUCUGAAGAAGAAGCUGGAAAAACUGUAAAAACAUUACUCAAAGGGUACAAUAAUACUGGAAAUUCUUCAGAAUAUGAAAAUGAGUGUAUUCGAAUAGUUGCUUUAAAGCUUCAAAUAACAUCUCAAAAAGCUCUUUUAAUUGAACGAAGAUCAAUCAAGAAACUUUUAAACAAACUUGUUGAAGGAGAUAGUGAUCAACAAAAGAAACAGAUUCUCAUGAUCCUUUUGGAUUUGCUAAAAAAACAUGGACAUUCAAUUGCAUCUGUGCAUGAAGAGAAUGAUAGCAUUGUUCAAAGUCAAGUUUAUUGGUCCCGUGGAGUUGACUAUUCUGUUGACCGUGAAGAACCUCCAGAAGAGUUCAAGUGUCCGAUUUCUCUCAAGGUGAUGUAUGAUCCUGUUGUUAUUGAUACUGGAGAAACAUUUGAAAGAAUGUGGAUUCAGAAAUGGUUUGAUGAAGCCGAUGUAAGCACGUGGGAGAAUUCAUCUUCUUCGGUUACUAGUUUGAGCUCUAUGUAUAGUCUUCAACUUCCGGUUGUUGAUUUUAGUAACUUAUCGCUCAGUUCUUUGGAAAAUACUCGUGAUAUGGAUGUGGAGUUAUCUCAAGAACUUGAUGAUUCGCUUCCAUGGAAGUCACAAUGCAAAUUUGUUGAUGAUCUCAUGGCCCGUUUGAAUGAUGAUGAUCGUGGUUGUCGAUUCAUAUCAUGCGAGAAUUUGAUUGAGUCGAUUGUGAGAUUCUUGAAGGUUGCACGCGAUAUAAAUGAUGUUAAAGCUCAGAGAAUCGGAUGUUUGCUAUUGCAAAUCUUGAUAACCAAAUGCAGAAGUAUAAAAGUAUUGAGUAACGAUGCAUACGAGUUGAUAUCAGAGUUCCUUGAUUCGGAAAUGAUAGAAGAGGCGCUCGCUAUAAUUGAAAAUUUGUCUUCCCACCAAAAUCAUCGAUCUGAAAUCGCAUCUUCUCGUGUUCUCACUCAAAUUUUAAAGAUUCUCGAUUCCCAAAUUAUACAAUUUCAAACUCCAGCCCUAAAAAUUCUCUAUAACUUGACUUCGAACAGAAACUUCCGUUCUCUCCUUUCAUCAGAUCUAAUCCCUAAACUUGUCGCCCUUUCUGAAGACGAAUCACUCUCAAAAUACGGCAUAGCAAUCUUGACAAAUCUAUGUGGGAAUCAAGAUAAUAAAAGCAUAAUUGCAGAAACCGAAGGGUGUGUAUCUUUUGUCGCUAGGGUUCUUGAAAGCAAGAGUUGUGAGGAGCAAGAACAGGCUUUAGAGAUUCUUCUUUCGUUAUGUUCUCAAAGCAUUGAGUAUUGUAGAUUGGUGAUGGAUGAAGGGGUGAUUCCUGAUGUUGUUUCUAUUACCAUAAAUGGAAAUGAUAAAGGAAAAGCAAAAGCACAUGAAAUGCUUCGGCUUUUGAAAGAUGUUGAAGAGCCUGUGGAAGAAUCUCCUCCACCUGUUUAUGAUGUUUUAAAGGAUUCAAAUAACUUUCAGGAAAGUAUAGGUUUUGCAGUUAUUUUCUCAACCAUAUGUGCAGUUUUGGGUGGAUUGAUCUAAUAACUCUAUUUUUUUAGACUUGUUAUUGUUUGUGUAUAUUAGUUGUAGUAGAAUAGUCGUAUGCAGACACUAUUUAAACUGUAAACACGCAUGAAGGAAUGUUCGUGUUCUUCAGGAUUCUUAACUAAAGGUUCACCAGAUUAAUUUUGUGUGAAGAAUCCAACUUGAGUUCAGAAUCAUGAUUUAUCCCGCUGAUAGAAAAAUCUGUAAAUGUUAUACCAUUUAGUUAACUUCAAGAACUAGUUUGUAGACGUAAAGAACUGGUUAUGUACUUCAUUUCUUUAGAUCAUGGUGAUCUACAUGUAAAGUUUUUGUUGGCUGUUUCUUUUUUAUGGUUUUUGAACAAUCUGUAUUUGGUUUUGGAUCUUGUUAACAUUUCUGGUGAUGGG